AUGGGUACUGAAGACAAAAGGGAGGGGGGGCCCAACUGCCAGCCGCGGUUGCUCCUGUUGCAUCAACUGGAGCCCCCCUUAGAAUGGCAACGGGCUUCUGCGGUCUUAAGGGCUUCUCUGGGCCUAGAUGCAUCAGGUGACCGUAUUCACUUGGGGGAUCCCCAAGCAGCGGGGGGGGACCUGGUGGAGGAGGGCCCCCCACAAUUCAGUGCAGCGAAGCUUCAAAAGAUGCUACGUGACAUACAAGAUGCUAUACAUACGGGCUUUCUAGAACGCCAAUCCUUCGUGCAGCAAAUGUCUCUUCCAUUCGUAAGCCUGGGUAUCGCUUCUGAGGCAGAUGCAAACAGCUGCCAUCACCAGACAGCAGCAAACGAGCAGCAGGAGCAGGAGCAGCAGAAGCAGCAGGUGUUUCCACCACCCAAACGCCUAACUCCCAGGGCCUACUGCAACGUAGAGCGUCUCUUUGCUGCAGUGCCAGCACCAGCAGCGCAUGCCUUCUUCUCAAGGGCUCUGCCGCAGCUGAUAAAGGCAAUAUUGGCUGCUGAACGGAUAUUCCCCAGGUGUACGUACAACUCCAGGUCAGCAGCGCCGAGCGACGAGAAGCCACAAACAGCGGACUGCGGCGACCUCUCAGCAGCAGCAACGGCAGGAGCAGCAACAGCAGAAGCAAUCUUAGCAGGAACGGUAAAACGGGCAGAGGAGGAGAGAAGGCCACGCUCUUGCCUGUGCGGGUCGUGCCGCCUGAGGCUGCAGUUAUACAAGCACUGCAGCAGCGGCUGCAGUAGCGGCUGCAGGAGCAGCAGUUGCAGCAAAAGCAGUGGGGGAGAGCAGCACGUGAGCAGCAGCGCAGCAGAGUUAAGUGCAGGCGAAGGAUGGGUUUUGUUUGGUUUGGGCUUCUUCGGUUUGUUGCCGCCUUCAGAUUGGCAGGAAAUUGCUGCAGGCUUCCCUAGCCUUGGGGACAUAUCCUUUGCUUAUUUCUACAACCUAACAGGUAACCUGCUGCUGCUGGUGGUGCUGUUGUUGCUCCUGCUGCUGGCGGUGGAGCUGCUGGCCGCUGAUGGCGGUGCGGUUGCUUCUGUCGCUGUCUCUGUUGCUGCUGCUGCUCCUGCUGCUGUCGCUCCGGCCCAGGCUGCCAAGUUGCACUGUUUCGUUAGGUACUGCUGCUGCAUGGCUGCAGCAACGGAGGCCUUCAAUACCAAAUGCAACCUCAAGAACAUCUUGCCGUUUACUUUUGCCCCCCCUCACAUUGCCUCUCUUUGCUGCAGAGACAGCAGAGAGGAGGAGACGGUUUCUGCGGUGUCUCUGCUUCUCGAGGAAGAAAUCCGGCAGUUUCUCCCCCGAAAGACUGUUUGUGCUGCUGCCACCGCUUGCGCUGCUGUUGCUGCAGCAACUGCAGCAGAGACGUCUCCAGCCUCACCACCAGAAGGGUCUCCACAUCCCCGGCCACCAGCCGACUGUCUGCAGCAGCAGCAACAGCAACCUGCAGGCAGCAACAGCAAUAGCUUCAGCAGCAGCAGUAGGGCGGGGGAUGUUCGAGAUGGCUUCUUGUGGGGCCCCUCCGUGUUGUGUGCAGUACCUGUGGGUGCAUGGCCGUUGCAGCUCCCAUGCUGCUUCGUCCUGCGGUGUCUCCGCUUCUCUCGUGCUCAGGCAGCAGCUUGGUGUUGCAGCGCCGAGGCAGUGGCGCUGCAACAGCAGCCGCUGCUGCCUCCUGAUAUCGUAGCAACAGCAGCAGAAGGCGGAGGAAUCCCCACAAGUGCUGAUAUCGAUGUACGCGCAGACUUCGCCAACAAUGUCAUUGGAGGCGGCAUUCUUUACCAUGCUCAGGUGGUCCUGUUUGAACAUAUGCAUAUGCAACCAGGGUUUCUCUCUGUCGCUGGUGCUGCUGCUGCUGUUGCGACAACGGCAGGAGAGCUGCAGCACCAGUUCCCAGUGGAGUGUAUGGGAGCGCAGGAGGAGUCAUUUGUCCGAUCACUGCAAGAAGAAAUACUGUUUGCUGUCUGUCCUGAGCUGCUGCUGCUGCGGCCGUUAUCGCAGCACUUGCGACUUGGGGAAGCAGCGCAUGCUGUCGGCUGCGUUCGGUUCUCCGGUUAUCGCGGCUACGCCGGCAGCUUCAGGUGUCUCCUUAACAAACAAAAUGGCACUACAAGCAGCAACAACAGCAGCAACAGCACAAGCCGAACAGGACAUUUGAGCAGACCACAGCUACAGACAGACGGAAGGCCGCAGCAGCAGCACAUUGGAGACUCAACUGAACCAGCAGGGGCAGCAGCAAAAGGAGCAAAGUCAGGAGGGGGGGCAACUGGAGGACGAGGUGCAGCAGGAUAUACACAGGAGAUCGCUAGGGACGGGGCUGCAGGGCGGGAACAGCAGCUGCUGUCGCUUUACUCAGACGAUGAAGAGGAUAGAGAUAAAGGGGACUCUGGGGAUCCGAUCCCAGAGGAGACAACAUCAACAUCUGCUAGGAAGACCUUAAAUGCGACAGAGGGAGUAGAGACUGUAGACAAAACACCAUUGCUUGUACAGUGGCUGUUCCCUCUUAAGGCUGCUGCUGCAAGUCGACAGCAGCGAAACGCCGAGAUAUCCCUUGCUGCAGCAAAGACAGACACAGACAUAGAGACAAACACACCAGCAGCAACAAGGCACAAGCGAGGGACUCUGUGUGUGGGGUCCCCGCUUCUGCGCGUCCAAUGCGCCUCUUUGGUAGCCGUCUUAGAUGCUGCGCGCUUCGGGCCUCCCCGAUCAGCACAAGCAGCAGCAGCGGCAGCAUCGGCAGCAACAGACGUGUUUGACCUUAUUGGGGACCCUAGCGGCGUGUGUGCAGCUGGAAGAGAAGUGUUGCCGCGCACUCAACAAUUUUGUGUCCCGUUGAUGCUGCGAGAUCUGCAGAAGGUCUCCGCUGCAAUGCACCUGCCAGCAGAAGAUGUUGCAGCAGAAGCUGCCGCAGCUGCAGCAGCUGCAUCAGGAGACGCUUCAGACGGAACAGCUGCAGCAGGACUUGUUGAAUCGGGAGCUGUAGUUACGGCGCUAAAAGGGUCUUACUUGAGGCCUUUCACCACGGGCAAUUGGGGAUGCGGCUGCUUUGGGGGCGACCCCCAGUUGAAGUUUUUGCUGCAGUGGGCCUCACUUCUGAGACCCUUGCUGCUACACGCCGAGAACGACGCAAGCAGCAGCACCAGGAAGCGGCUCGAGCAGGGAAGAGUAGGCAAGCGGCCGAAGACAGAAAACAACGCAAACUAA